AUGGAGCCGGAGGUCCGGGAGUACGUCGAGGCUUGUUCGGUCUGCGCCUGGAACAAGACAUCCUCCAGGGCACGCUUGGGCCUGCUUCAGCCGCUCCCGAUCUCCUCCAGACCGUGGGCGGAUAUCUCAAUGGACUUCGUCACUGGGCUCCCGGUCUCGCCAGGUAACACCACGGUCCUCACAGUAGUGGACAGGUUCUCCAAGAUGGCCAGACAUUGUCUCGCCCCAAUUCGCGUCUCGCUUCUGGAGGGAGUUCUGUCAAAGGACAGAGAACAGAGACUCUCUGAGAUCCACUGCUCAGCUCUGGCCUACAUGCUGCAGAUGUCUGAGGAGGUUCUGGAUGAGUUGGACCUGGACAAGUACAACACAUCAGUCCAGGGAAAACAGAGACUGGUUCCAGCUGUGAGGAACUGCAGGAAGGCUCGGUUGAGUGGCUCAAGAUUGUCAGAGAUCAGCUGUUCUUCUCUGGUCUCAGUUCUGAAGUCCAACUCCUCCCACCUGAGAGACCUGGACCUGAGUUGGAACCCUGAUCUGCAGGAUUCAGGAGUGAAGCUGCGGUGUUCUGGACUGGAGAGUCCACAUUGUAGACUGGAGACUCUGGGGUUGAGACACUGCAGAUUGUCAGAGAUCAGCUGUUCUUCUCUGGUCUCAGUUCUGAAGUCCAACUCCUCCCACCUGAGAGACCUGGACCUGAGUCUGAACGGUCUGCAGGAUUCAGCAGUGAAGCCUCUGUGUGAUCUUGUGCAGAGUCCAGACUACAGACUGGAGACUGUGAGGUGAGUAGAGUGUUAGAGUCAGUGUUGUUCUAAUCACAGUCAGAGCAAAGAUCCAGUGUUUCCUCAGUGAAGCUGUGAGAGCAGAAUAGUGACAGGCUUCAUGAUUGGACACAAAGACACAGAGAGACAACAGUCGGCCAAUCAGACGAGCCACGAGCUGCUGGUGAUCAUGUGAUCACAGACUCGAGCCGAGCGCCUGACAUGAUGAUGUUGUAGUUUGACUUUAUCACUGAUGAUGUGAGUUUGGUGUGACUGCAGUCUGCUCUACACACACACACGUCUGUGGUUUGGCUUUUUGGACACAGUUCUUCCAUGAAGACCACUUGUGGUCACACGUGUCUAGACAGAUUACUUCUGCCAGUUGUGAGCUGAUGACACUGCUGGACAUUUAAAAAGGGAAGUAAGCAGGACGUGUCUUUCAUCUGCCACACCAAGUGUCCUUGGCCGUCCACCGCGUCCACGAUGGUCAACGUCGCCCGUGUCUUUGUGCUUCUUCCAAAGAUGUUGAACGGCACACGUUGAAACCUGCGUCUGCUCUGAAGUCUUUGCUGAUGUCGCUCAACGACCUUGUGUCUUGUUGCUCUUGUCAGUGUCGCCAUAGUGUUUGACCUGUGACAUGAAAACGUCUUCCACAACCUCACCUUGGUAGCAGAGUGUGGCUGUUGCUCAUCCACUGUUCAGUCUUAUUGGUGAAUCAAACACCUGACUCUAAUCCUACAGAAGAACUGAUGCUGGUCUGAAGGCAGAGGGCGCUCACACCAACUAUUGUAUACAUUCAA